AUGGCGGACGCAGCCGUUGACCCCGAGAUCGUGAGCGGCGGAGCGCUGCAAACGGCCAAGGACCUCUUUGCCGGUGCCGCGGGCGGUAUCGCCCAGGUUCUUUUGGGCCAACCUUUUGACAUUGUCAAAGUCCGUCUUCAAACCUCCACCACCUCAACAUCAGCCCUCAACGCCGCCACUCAAAUCUACAAGAACGAGGGUGCCCUCGCCUUCUACAAGGGAACUUUGACACCUCUCAUUGGUAUUGGUGCCUGCGUCUCCAUUCAGUUCGGCGCUUUCCACCAAGCCCGCCGUUACUUCGAGACGGCCAACACCGCCAAGGUCGGAAUUCCGGCCCUCAGCUACGGACAGUACUACGCUGCCGGCGCCUUCGCCGGUGUCGCAAACUCGGUUAUCUCCGGCCCUAUCGAGCAUGUCCGUAUCAGACUCCAGACGCAGCCCCACGGCGCCGCGAAGCUUUACUCCGGACCCCUCGACUGCGUGCGCAAGCUCUCCGCUCACGGUGGCGUUCUGAAGGGUCUGUACCGUGGCGAGGCCGUGACCAUCUGGCGUGAGGCCCAGGCCUACGGCGUGUGGUUCCUCGCCUUUGAGUGGAUGAUGAACGCCGAUGCGGCGCGGAACAAGAUUGACCGUAAGGACAUCCCCAGCUACAAGAUCGCCUUCUACGGAGGUCUUGCCGGUGAGGCUUUGUGGCUCGGAAGUUAUCCCUUCGACGUCGUCAAGAGCAAGAUGCAGACCGAUGGUUUCGGUGCCGACCAGAAGUACAAGACGAUGCGCGACUGCUUCAAGCAGACGUACCGCGCCGAGGGCCUGCGUGGCUUCUGGAGGGGUAUCGUGCCGACCUUGUUGAGGGCUAUGCCUGUCAGCGCCGGUACUUUCGCUGUGGUCGAAAUGACCAUGAGGGCUAUCAACUAA